AUGUGGCAAUGUCUUGUGCUCAUCGUUGGCCUAAGUGCGCUGCCUUUGCCCACGAGCGGCUUCUGGUGGCCCAAGCCGACAACGGAAACGCCGCGGAGUCAGGUGCUGCAGCAGAUACCACUCACCUACUUUCGCACCUACACCUACCAGCCGCUGACGGGCGGUGCGUUCGGGGUGCCGCUGUUCGGCUUUGGCGCGGCACAGACGCCACUGCUCGCGGGGCGGCACUAUGACCCCUAUGCCCAGGUGACCAGCUACGCGGCUGCUCGACGCCAUGAUGUUGCUGGUGGUGGUGCUGGUGGUGCUGGUGGUGCCGGUGGUGCCGGUGUCUUCAAGACGGACAUAACGCCGCCCGCUCUGGCCAGUGCCAGCAGCGCGGUGCCCAGCACAACGCCUGCGCCCACCACAACGACGACAACAACAACGACGCCAGCACCGACGACGACGACGACAGCAACCACCACGACGACCAGCAGCACCACGAGCGCACCACCGCCCAGCAGCAGCACCGAGGGCUCGUCCUCAUCGCUGCGCUACGCUGCCUACAAUGCGGAGUAUCCGAACUACAGCCGUCGCGUGAACAAUUUGUAUAAUGCGCGUCCGCAAUAUCCGUAUCCGGAUUACUUCAACUACCAGCCGCAGAACGCGUUCUCGGAGAAGGGCGGCAACCGCAUCCAGUUCGUGCCUUGCAUGUGUCCAGUCAGCAUGCCAAGCAUGUCCAGCAUGUCCAGCAUGUCCGGUCUGUCGGGCAUGGGUCUGAAUGGCGCCACCAGCUCCGAUCGGGAUCGGCCAACGGGCGUGUCCAUUAGCAGCGGUCCUGUCGCGGCGCCGCCGCUAGGAGCCGCAGAUGCAAUGUCCGCGGCCCUGCAGGCGCGCCACAUUGACAACGACGAGGCUGACUUGGGGGACGAGGCGGAGGAGGAGGACGAGGAGUCUGAUGCGUCCGCAGAGGCGGAAGAGGCUGACGUCGCCGUCGGCGUUGCGCUUACCACGAAAGUGGCACUCGAGCCGCAGCACACCACGCCCAGCACCGUUGAGUCCAACAGUGUGGUCUAG